AAAACACAAAAAUUCGUGCCCAUCUUUUAUUUUGAUCCUGAACAUUCUAAUGACUUCUUAUACCGAGCAAUACCUCAAAGAGAAGUUGACUGAAAAACUCAAAGCAGUACAUGUGCACAAAAAGGUGAAGCUGUGUCACACGGAACAAUGGAAAAACUCGUAAUUUACGCUUUUCUCGUAUGCAUCGGCAUCUUUCUACGUGCCUCGAUAUCGCUUUAUCCACAUUCCGGCCAAAAUUCACCCCCAAUGUUUGGCGAUUACGAGGCGCAGCGUCACUGGCAGGAAAUCACCGUGAAUCUAAAACUGAAAAAUUGGUACAAAAAUACCACGAAAAACGACUUGAAUUAUUGGGGAUUGGAUUAUCCGCCGCUUACCGCAUAUCACAGUUAUGCAAUGGGACUCGCAGCUAAAGCCAUGGAUUCGUCAUUUGUGCAGCUCUACAAGUCACGCGGAAUCGCAACGGAGAACCACAAACUUUUCAUGAGGACGACUGUGUUGGUUGCGGAUCUCCUGAUUUACAUUCCAGCUUUGAUAAUUGUUUGCGUGGCAGUUUAUGAGAAUUUCCGGAAUGAAAUGCGACAAAGACGGGUGGUUUCUUACGUUCAAAUGAUCCUUUGUAUCGCAUAUCCAGGACAAAUUUUGAUCGAUAACGGGCAUUUUCAGUACAAUAAUGUGUCCUUAGGGUUCGCAGCAUUGGCUGUUGCUUGUUUGUUGCGAGAUAAAAAUGUUCUGGGAUCACUUAUGUUCGUUCUGGCUUUGAAUUACAAACAAAUGGAACUUUAUCACGCACUUCCGUUCUUCUUUUACUUGCUUGGGAAGAGUUUUCGAGACACAAAUGAUAAAUUCAAUUUUUCGACCGGUUUUGUGAAUUUAAUCAAAAUUGGAGCGACAGUAAUUACCAGUUUUGCUCUAAUUUGGUCUCCAUGGCUCAUUUUGGGAUACAACGACACAGUUCAAGUGCUUUCUCGUCUAUUCCCGAUAUACAGAGGGGUCUUUGAAGACAAAGUUUCGAACGUUUGGUGCAUCGUCAAUGUACUUUACAAGAUAAAAGAGCACUUCACUAACGAACAAAUGGCAAUGGUCUGUUUGACGUGCACUGUAGCUGCCGUAAUUCCAAUUUGCUUGCAUCUUUUGAUGAAUCCCAAGAAGAAAGUUUUCUUGUAUGCCUUGCUAAACUCAUCACUUGCCUUCUUUUUGUUCUCAUUUCAAGUGCAUGAAAAAUCAAUUUUAUUGGCAACGUUACCUGCGAUGAUCGUUUUUCCCUUGGAGCCAUUUGCUGUUUUUUGGUUUUUGCAGAUUGCGACGUUCAGCAUGUUUCCGCUUUUGUUGAAAGAUGGACUUUUAGUGGCUUAUCUCGCAUCACAAUUGAUCUAUUUCCUCGGAAUGAAACUCGUUGUAGGACUUUCAUCGGAUGGAAAGGACUUUUUAAAAGUCGAUCUCUUCAACGUCAGUCAAAUAAUCGACUUGAGUGCGACAAAAUCCAGCAACAGCAACAUGAAACGCGUUUUCUUCUAUCUUUCUGUCUAUUUUGCCAUCGUGCUUGUCGCGUUACAACUGUUUGCCGAACCACCAAAGAAUUUGCCAUUUUUGUUUCCUCUCAUGAUUUCCGCCUUCAGUUGCGUGCACUUUUUGGCAUUUUUUGCAUACUUUUCGUACAAACAACUUUUUUGCAUUAAAAAUUAAAAAAAUAGAGUGAAAG